AUGAAGGAGAGGGUCAGGCAGAGGCAUGUUAAUGGCAGUGGAGAAGUGGAUGCUUUCGCUAAAAGAUGCAGGAAGCAGAAGCCCAUGGCGCGCUAUGGCUUUGGAGAGGAUGCAAGAAAAUGCGAAAAAGGCGGCGAUUCGAAGAAGAUUGUGCUUAGACUGAAGGAUCCUGAUGGGACAGUAUUUGUUUUCAAAGCCAAACGGAAUGUAGCGUUCAGGAAGGUACUGGAGGCGUUUUCAAAUAGUGUUCAGAAGAGCAGUGAGGAGUUCAGAAUGUUAUUUAAAGGAAAGAACUUAGAUCUUGGAAUGACGCCUGAUGAUCUUGGGCUUUCUGAAACUGAAGAUAUCGAAGUGUUUACGUCACAGGAGGGAGGCAAUUGCUUGCUGGGCUCACAGCAGCUUAGAAUGAAGCAUGAGCAAUUCAUGAUCAGGCAGCCUGCAAUUGAUGGCCGGAUGCUUUGA